AUGCGUAGUUCUAUCGUAACUGUUUUAUUGAUUCCUUUGACAUUAUUCUGUUGGCUUCGCGCAUAUUACGUAUAUAAAGAAGCAAAUUUUUCACUUUUUGCAACUGAAAAUGAAAAGCCUUUACAUGUUUCACCUUUGACAAGUGGUGACCCUGUUUUACAAAGGGUUAAUAAUAACACUUUGGGUGAUAGUCCCAACAAUAUAUUUUAUUUUAUGCAGAUUACCGACUUGCACAUAUCGAAAUUUCAGAAAACUGGCGGUACCUCGCAUUUCUUACAUUUUCUCGCGACGGUACUUAGCGUGAUUUCUUCACCUGCAUUCGUUUUAGUCACAGGUGACUUGACUGACGCCAAAGAUGAAAAUUUGAUAACUUCCCAACAAUACAUUGAUGAAUGGGUUACAUAUCAAACCGCAUUGCAGGAAUCAGGUGUUCUUAAUCGUCCAGGAUUUUGGCAUGAUCUACGUGGAAAUCAUGAUUGUUUCAACGUAGGAUCAUGGGAAAGUGAACAAAACAUGUAUAAAACGUUUGGCGUAGGAAAACAGCGAGGAUUUGAUUUUAUGUUUGAAAAGAAUUUUGGUCGUUAUAGAUUUGUCGGAAUCGAUGCUUGUCCCAAGGCAGGUGUAGCUCGACCUUUUAACUUCUUUGGAUAUUAUGAGACAGAAGAUAUGAAUAGACUGGCUGACACGUUAUCUAACGCUUCAUUACCUUCAAAUCACACAUUCCUCCUUGCACAUUAUCCAACAGCGACAACUUUAUAUGGAAAAACCUCAAAAGGUGAAACAUUUGACGAUAUAUCAAAGUACAUUAGUGUUUAUAUGUGCGGUCAUUUACAUAAACUAGCUUGGGGUUUGGGAAAUCAAUUACAAACAUAUCAACCAACUCAUUUUAUAGAGUUGGAAUUGGCAGAUAUGAAGGUUAACGCUAUAUAUCGUAUCCUUGCGAUUGAUCAUGACCUUGUAAGUUUUACAGACGUAGCAUUGCCAUUACAUGAAAUUCCCUUGAAGGUACCACCAUCGCCUGCACCAGGAUUUUCUGUGUUGCCAGAAAAAUUAGCAUUUCCUCCGGUAAUAUUAGUAACAAAUCCAAAGGAUUCAAGAUAUUUAAUGAAAUAUCAUGAACCAGUACAUUUAAUCAAAGAAAGUACGCAUAUAAGAUUUUUGGUGUGGUCAGAUCAUGACAUCAAAGAGAUUGAGAUAUUUUUGGAUGGAAAAAGACAUCAUGAACAGGUGAUUUACAAAGGCAAUUCGAAAGAAAAUAAAGUUGAUCGCAUCCCACUUUGGGUAUCGCCUUGGAAUCCAAAACAAUUUGAUGAUGAACAAGAACACCACAUUAUUGUGAAAGCACGUGAUAUAAUAGGACAAGAAGGAGAAAGCAAAGUGAUAUUCCGUGUUGAUGGUGAAAGAAGUGCUAUGAGAGGUGGUAUAAGUGAAUUCUUGAUCGGUCUCGAUUGGGUUCUUGUGAUUCGAACCGUUUAUAUUCUUGGAUAUUUGUUUAUAACUUUAAACAUGCUUUUUACAAAGCUUUAUCUUGAAUUCCACCCACGCCAUCCACUUCUCAUAUCAUUACAUAAUUCCCCGAAAACUUUUGUUCAAUCUUAUUUUAGAAGGACAUUUCUUUUAAUAUCACAGCCUAUGUUUUUUUAUACUCUUUAUUUCUACCUUUUAUCAUCGAUCACUCUCCCGUGGUUUAGGGGAGACAUGAUACCGUCAGCUGCCGAAGAAGGAAAUGAUGGAACUGGAGUAUUUUGGUUAUUUGGAAUUCAACUUAAUUCCAACUCUCAAUGGCUUCCAAUUUUUGAUACAUGGCGAUAUGCAUUAGAGGAUCAAUUGUUUUUGUCGGUUGGAGUCGUUAUAAUCUGGUUUAUGAUAAUUACAGGGGAAAGAAAGUGGAAGAGAAGAUUUCCGAUUUUGAUUUUGGGAUUUGCACUUUGGUUGUGGAGGGGAUCGUCUUUGAUAAAUUUGGCAAAACAAUAUGGGAAUUUGGCUAUUUGGACUAAUUUACAGACAUUAUGGUGGGCAUUUUGGGGUUGGUAUGGGUUCUUAAGAGGAGCGUGA